AUGGCUAAACUUUCUGUUAACACCCUCCAUAAGAAGGUUGAUUCUGAGUCAAGGCUACUAGCUAAUUUUCAGCCAUGGCUACAUGUGAUCACUGUCAUUGCAACAGAACCUGCUUCCAUGGCUUCUGAUACUGAUAGUGAAACAGGAGGGAAAACAGUUGACCUGAGAAGAACUGAAGGUGUAGAGGUCCUGGUUCGAGUUUUCAUAACAUUUGUGUCAUGUGCUCAAGUUGACGAAUACUUGUUCCUGGUCCUGUUUACUGAAGGGAUUCAGUAUUACGUACGAUCAUUUAAAAUGAGAUGCAGUUCAUGGAAAAACCGUGUGUUGGUAAACAGGCUCAUAUCACAGCUCCGUGAAGGAAAUCCAUCAGAACCUCCGCAUCUGGCUACCUCGACGCAUGGUAAGGCUAGAGAUGGGACAUGGUCUCGAGGGCAACGAUGUAGAGUGAAUGUUUCUGAACAACCAUCCGAUCACACCAGAAUUUGGUCUACACUUUCGGUAAGUGCAGCAAGAAGUGGCAGUGGAGCUGAAGCAAGACAAGCAGAAAGAGAUUUCAAUGCUAAUGAACAGAGGGGAAUCCAAAGGAUCAGCACAAUGCUAAUAUCGAAAGACACGUCUGCUGGAGAAAAUGUUGCUGCGGAUCUCAGGCCGUCAGAAACUAAUGGCCAUGUCUUUUCACAAUGCCAUCCUAGUAACUACGUGGAAGCAGGCGAGGAGGAUGAUGAUGAUGGAAACGAAAUGUCUAUUCAGUCAACACCGCCAUACUGUGAAGAACAAUAG